AUGGAUUCACAGUUGCUGUACCCGAGUGAUCUGAAUGAUGAGCAGAGAGCCGCCCUGCAGACCUCCCUGGUGAUUCUGCAGAAAAACUACAAGUUCCAGCGAGUCCUGCUCUGGGGCAAAGUGCUGGGGCUGAAGGCGGAUUAUUUUAUUGCUCAGGGGAGAGGAGAGGAUGAGAUGAAGGAUAGGAAGAAUCUGUAUAGCUUGAACUGUGUGGACUGGUUCCUGCUGCCCCCAGCCACAGCCCCUUUAAUCGACCAAGUGUCCAGCGCUGCCAAGGGUCGCUUCACAGGAGACCCCUCACAUGUGUACGAGCAUCGGGACAUCCACAGGCGAGGAGAUGAAGAAGAGGAGGUAGUGACCAAAGUGAACGAGGAGAUCAGGCUGGCAGUGACAGUUCAUCACAUCGAAGAGGAAGUGUCUGUGGUACCACGAGGUGCAUUCGUCAAGAGUCCACACGGCCUGGUCCAGAUCAACCGCAGCUUUUGCGGUCUGUCUUACUCUGAAUCGGGAAAACUCGACAGCUUCCUGCACUUCAGCGAACCAAAGAAUCUGAAGAAGAAGAGCCUCCUAGAGACGAGUCAACUCAACCCAGCUAUUGACUUCCUGGAUGUGCUGAGUGAUGACGUUCCUAAAGGAUCAUGGAGUCUCCAGUUUGAAUGUGGCAGCAAAGUGUGCGUGCUUCGCAGCCUGUUGUGGCUCGGCCUGACCUUCUACCACGUGCCCAUGACGCCACAGCACGGAUACAUCUACAUCGGUGAUGGGGCCAAGAAUUUGGACCUCGCCUUCAUGCUGUAAAGAGACACUUAUAGACGU